UGACGUCAGUAUGAAGAAGAGGUGCUGUUUAUUUCCUGGGGCUCAGUUUUUACAAGCAUUCUUGCUGGCAUGAUUAGCUGAGUGUAUGCUAUGGAGUCUGGUGAGGACUCCAGUGGAGUGCCAUCAGGGGACGAGAACUACUUUCAGGGCUACACCUUCACCGAUCGCUCCCAUUCCAGUCGUGUCGUAAAAAGCAUCAUGGACUUGUGUCUGGAGGACGGUCUGUUUGCAGAUGUCAUCGUCACCGUGGACAGCAAGGAGUUCCAGCUUCAUCGUCUGGUGCUCUCGGCACAAAGCAGCUUUUUCAGAUCCAUGUUCACUUCUAAUCUGAAAGAAGCUUUUGAUCGCAAGAUCGAGCUGAAGGAUGUCAGCGCCCCUGUCUUCCAGUCACUGGUGGAUUACAUCUAUCAUGGAACAAUCAAACUACGGGUUGAAGAUCUGCAGGACACCUACGAGAUGGCUGAUAUGUAUCAGCUCACUGCCUUGUUUGAGGAGUGCUCUCGUUUCCUAUCAAGAACUGUGGAUAUCAAGAACUGCCUGCAGGUGAUGUGGUUGGCGGACAGACACAGUGACCAGGAGUUGUAUACGGCAGCCAAGCACUGUGCAAAGAUUCACCUUGUUCAGCUGCACCAGACAGAUGAGUUCUUAAACAUGCCAUUGUGCCUCCUCAUAGAUAUCAUUAAAGAUGGUGUUCCAAGCUCGCAAAAUCCAACCGCAGCAAUCGAAUCUUGGAUCAAUCACAACAAAGUUGAGCGAGAAGAGUAUUCUAAUAUGCUUUCAGACAGCCUAAAGGAGAUUGGUGAAAAAGUGCACAUAUACCUUAUUGGGAAGGAAGACACACGCACGCACUCAUUGGCAGUGUCUCUUCAUUGUGAUGAGGACGAUGCCAUCAGUGUAAGUGGUCAGAACAGCCUGUGUCACCAGAUCACAGCUGCCUGCAAACACGGCGGUGACCUGUAUGUCGUAGGGGGCUCCAUACCCCGUCGCAUGUGGAAAUGCAACAUGCACACCAUGGACUGGGAGCGCUGUGCCCCUCUUCCGCGCGACCGUCUCCAUCACACGUUAGUGUCCGUGUCCUCGGAAGACGCCAUUUACUCUUUGGGAGGCAAAACCCUUCAGGACACUCUUUCAAAUGCUGUCAUCUGUUACACAGUGCAGGACAACAUAUGGAAAGAGACCACUCAGCUAGACACGGCUGUGUCCGGCGCAGCGGGAGUCAAUUUGGGAGGCACGAUUUACCUUUUGGGUGGGGAGGAAAACGAUAUGGACUUUUUCACCAAACCAUCCCGCCUUAUCCAAUGUUUUGACACAGCUACUCAAAGGUGCCAAACCAAGCCCUACAUGUUGCCUUUGGCAGGAUGCAUGCAUGCCACCGCCCAUAAAGACCUCAUCUUUGUGGUGGCGGAGGGCGACUCUCUGGUAUGUUAUAACCCACUGCUGGACAGCUUUACCCGGCUACGCUUCCCUGAUGUUUGGAGCUGUGUGCCGUCUCUGUGGAAAGUGGCCAGCUGCAACGGGUGCAUUUAUGUUUUUAGAGACAAAUGCAAAAAAGGAGACGCAAACACACUGAAGUUAAACCCUGCCACAUCAGUGGUCUCGGUAAUCAAGGGAAUCAAAAUACUUCUCACAAACUGGCAGUUUGUUUUGGCAUGAUUUCUUAAUGUACUCAUCAGAUGUUCUGUGUAAAUAAUGGGUCCAUGGCAAAUUUAUUUUUUGGUAAUUCUGUUAAUAACCGUAAUGUGUUGUGUGGUAUACAUGAAACCAGGGUUGUAAUUAUCUCUUGUGUUAUCCUGUCAUGUGAAGUGAUACACAGUAUGAUGUUAAUGAAGGACAAAUGUGAUUUAUAGAUCCUGUGAUGUUUGACAGUACCAAUCUUCUAUCGACCACUGUAUUAUAUGUCAAUCUUUAGUAAACCUUCAAAAGUUAGUUUAGUUCAUUUUAUUCAAAUUACAGUGUGAAUUUCUAAUAGAAAUGAUAGCUGUUAACAAGGUAUAACAAAUACAUUUCUCGAAUGCUGGAUAUUUGGUGUCCAUCAAAUGUCUGCCAAGGAACGCACAAAUUAAGGAAAAGUUUUCAAAGGAUCAAAAUGCAAACAUCUUAUCUAAGCAAAGAAAAUUCACAAAAUUAACUUGGCUAAUGCUGUCAAGAACCCUUUAAAUAAAGUUCAUAAUGAAAGUAAUAAGGUAAACCAUGUUAAGUGGUGCCAGUUGUCAGUUACAUCAUUCCUAAUAGCACUUCCUCCACCCUCCCCUCUCAUCUCUGGCUUAUGUCUGGACAUGAAAGCAUUUGAAUUGGGUUGGUUCCACUUAGAACUGACUGACAGAUGGCAAGAACUGUUUACUGUUCAUUAAGCUCAUGUAUUAUGUGAACGUGCCAUUUUGUGUGAGUCAGACAUAUGAUCUAUAUUAAUAGUGAUUUGAAUGUUGAUCUUGGGAUAUUCGGUGCAAAAUGUGACCGAAAAUGAUUUGAUGAAAAGGCUUUUGAAGUUACAGACUUUAUCAUAAAUGUAUGUUUUGUUCUGUACUGUUCAGUCUUGUAUUAAAACCUCAGUUUACAUCAA